ACUAAUUUCCGUUUUUAUUCUGUCACUGCUUAGUCUUUCUAUCCGUCCUUUCACGAACUCGGAUGCUUGUUUGAUCUCACGACUCAGUGUUCUAUCCUUUUAUCCUCGAUUCACCUAACUUGCGCAGGAAACUUGAGAUGAAUGGUCUGGCGAUUAGCCUCACCUCCAGAGUCACCGCCACAUGUUUGAUGCAAUUCCCAACACGCCACAGCUUCAGUUGUGGUCUGCGAACUUCCAAUGAACCCUCGACCAACCAAAAUCAUUCUAGAAGAGUUGUCUGCAUGGCGGAACCUUAUUUGAUUUCAAAACUGGAAUCUGCUGAGAAGACAUGGCGAGAUUUAUCGGUUAAGCUUGGUGAUCCAGAUAUUGUUUCAAAUCCAAGUGAAUAUCAGAAAUUGGCUCAGUCAGUUUCAGAGCUUGAAGAGGUUGUCUCAACAUACACAAGCUUCAAAGAUUGUGAAAAACAAAUACAGGAAACAAAAGCUUUGGCAAAGGAAGAAGGUGGUGAUGAAGACAUGACUGAAAUGAUAGCAUCAGAACUUGAAAGUUUAACUAAACAAUUAAGUGAGCUCGAGGAGAAGCUUAAGGUUCUUUUGAUUCCUACUGACCCUCUCGAUUCAAGAAAUAUAAUGCUUGAAGUGCGUGCGGGUACGGGUGGUGAUGAAGCUGGAAUUUGGGCUGGAGAUCUUGUACGCAUGUACCAAAAGUACAGUGAACGCAAUUCCUGGAAGCACUCCCUAGUUUCGUGCUCAGAGGCUGAUAUGGGAGGGUUUAAGAUAUGUGUCUUGGAGAUAAAAGGAAAAUGUGUUUAUAGCAAAUUGAAGUAUGAGUCUGGUGUCCAUCGAGUCCAGCGCGUUCCCCAAACCGAAACUCAAGGCCGUGUCCACACUUCUACUGCUACAGUUGCUAUAAUGCCAGAGGCUGACGAAGUCGAGGUGGAGAUUGAUCCAAAGGACAUUGUGCUUACAACAGCACGGUCUGGUGGUGCUGGAGGACAGAAUGUGAACAAGGUGGAGACAGCUAUUGAUCUUUUCCACAAACCAACAGGAAUCAGAAUCUUCUGUACCGAAGAAAGGUCUCAGCUUAAAAAUAAGAACCGGGCUUUUCAAUUGCUGAGAGCAAAACUGUAUGAAAUUAAAUUACGAGAGCAGCAAGCGGUGAUUAGGAAUCAAAGAAAGUUGCAGGUUGGCAGUGGCUCUCGUGCAGAAAAGAUCCGGACAUACAACUUCAAGGAUAACAGGGUAACGGAUCACAGGUUAAAAAUAAAUUUUGAGCUAACCAGUUUCCUUGAAGGUGACUUAGAGGCAGCUGUUCAGUCUUGUGCUGCUAUGGAGCAGAAGGAAAUACUUCAGGAACUUGCGGAUUCUGUGAAAUCAGCGGCUGCUUGAUAAAUGAUAUGGAUCAUCAUCAAUUUAUAGGACGAGUCAAUCUUGCCAACUUAGUAGUAUGUGUUAGUAUAUAUGUCCUAGCGACAAUCAUUUCUUUAAAGACAUAUGUACUUGUUCACAUUUAGUUUUUAUAUUUGAUAUAUACACGGUAUUACACUUUAUGAAUGAUUGUUUUCGAUUGUCAAUGUUUUAUUCAUAAUUGUGUUCCCUUGGA